AACUGUCGAGAAUUUCCCACUUCUUUGCUUCAUGGAAUGAAGCUUCUGUCAUGUCCUGCUUCCUAGUUAUGGAGCCGUAGAACUGUUCCUUGAACAAACAGCAAUCCCAUGAAAACCAUUACCUCAUUUUCCCGCCAUUUCUCAUCAUUGAAGCAGCUCCAACUCCCACUUCGAUCCAUCCCAGAAUCCCAUUUUUCUACCUGCCUUCGUUGCUCAGCUCUCACCGAGGAGCUCUGCAGCAAGUUGCUAGACCAAUGCCCAGAUCUUAACACCCUCAAAAAACUCCACUUUCGGAUCAUAACCAACCCCACCUUGAGCCUCAAUCCUUCCCUUGCCAUAAAGCUUAUGCGUGCCUAUGCGGCCCGAGGGCACCCUGGAUCCGCCCGCCAUGUGUUUGAUCAAGUGCCUCAGAGGAAUGUUGUUUUCUAUAACGUCAUGAUCAGGGGCUACACGAACAAUCACUUGUACGGUGAUGCUAUGCUCGUUUACAAGAUGAUGUCCUGUGACGGGAUUCGUUGUGAUAAUUACACUUACCCGUGUGUCUUGAAGGCGUGUUCAGGUUCGAUUAAUUUGGCAGUCGGUGUUCAAACGCAUGCUGAGGUUGUAAAAGUUGGACUUGUCUCCAACUUGUUUGUUGGGAAUGGUCUUGUGGCGAUGUACGGGAAAUGCGGGUGUUUGAUUGAUGCACAUAGAGCUCUUGAUGAGAUUCCUCGCAGGGAUGUGGUUUCUUGGAACUCAAUGGUUGCUGGGUAUGCCCAGAAUGGAUUUUUUGAUGACGCGUUAUCAGUUUGUCGGGAAAUGGAACUGUCAAACCUAAAAGCUGAUGCAGGCACAAUGGCUAGCCUAUUGCCUGCUGUCACAGACACGUCCCCGAACAAUGUUUCAUUCGUGGAGGAGAUGUUCAAUAGGUUGACUAUUAAGAGUUUGGUCUCCUGGAAUGUGAUGAUCGCAGUAUACACAAAUAAUUCGAUGCCUGAAAAAGCUGUUGAUCUCUUCUUGAAAAUGGAAGCGCAGGGUCUUGAGCCAGAUGCGAUCACUUUAGCGAGUGUCCUUCCUGCUUGUGGAGAUCUCUCAGCAUUGUCUUUGGGGAGGAGAAUUCAUGAAUUUGUGAAGAACAAGAGACUCUGUCCGAAUUUAUCUCUUGAGAAUGCAUUGAUUGACAUGUACGCAAAGUGCGGUUGUUUGUCUGACGCAAGGGAAGUUUUUGACCAGUUGAAGUUUCGUGAUAUUGUUUCAUGGACUUCAAUGAUCUCUGCUCAUGGCAUAAGUGGGCUCGGUCAUGAUGCAGUAGCGCUCUUCUCAAAGAUGCGAGAUUCAGGUCUUAGCCCUGAUUCCAUUGCCUUUGUUUCAGUUCUCUCUGCUUGCAGUCACUCAGGACUUUUAGAUGAAGGGCGGAACUACUUCAAGUCAAUGGUCGAAGAAUACGGAAUUGAGCCACGAUUAGAACACUUUGCUUGCAUGGUCGAUCUGUUAGGACGUGCUGGAAGAGUGGACGAAGCUUAUGGAUUUAUCAAGAAGAUGCCAGUGGAGCCUAAUGAAAGGGUCUGGGGAGCUCUCUUGAGUGCCUGCCGGGUCCACUCAAACACGGACAUCGGUGUCAAAGCUGCGGAUAAUCUCUUCCAAUUGGUGCCCGAACAGUCAGGUUACUACGUGCUUCUGUCCAAUAUCUAUGCGAAAGCGGGUCGAUGGCGAGAAGUAACAAAUAUCAGAUCUCUCAUGAAGAGAAAAGGGAUCAAGAAAACACCUGGCAUUAGCAAUGUUGAGCUUGGAAAUAAAGUCCACACUUUCCUGGCAGGCGACCAAUUUCAUUCCGAGUCGAAGAGAAUAUACCAAGAACUGGACGUGCUCAUGGGGAAGAUGAGGGAAUUGGGUUAUACCCCUGAGACUGACUCCACCCUCCACGACGUGGAAGACGAAGACAAAGAGGGACAUUUGGCAGUUCACAGCGAGAAGCUUGCAGUAGUGUUUGCUAUCCUCAAUACCGAGACCCGGACGGCUAUAAGGGUCACAAAGAAUCUACGAAUCUGUGGUGAUUGCCAUGUUGCUAUAAAGCUAAUUUCUAAGAUCACGCAGCGUGGCAUCACUGUAAGGGAUACUAAUCGGUUUCACCAUUUCGCAAAUGGAGAUUGCUCCUGUGGGGAUUAUUGGUGAAUGAUUUUGCUUUCUAAAUUGCUGUUGCCGUUAAAUUUGUUGGGCUAUAUGAUGCAUCGAUCUCAUAGUGAUGCUCUCGUCGGUAGCUUCAUCUCUUCUGCAGGAACCCUGAUUUAAGGCCUUACUUUCUGUUGAUUCAAUGGGUUCUUGACAACUUACAUUGCAGCUGAUAUUACGAAGAUCUUUUGAUUUAAAAGACAGUUAUCAACCUAUCUGGUGAACCCUGCCUUGAGGAAGUGUUGGAAUCAUUCGUGCCUAACAUAGUCUGUUGUCGAACACAAAUUCCUGACAUACAGCUUCGCUUAUUUAAUUUUAUUUAUUUCAUGUUCUAAA